AUGCCCUAUAGCGAGCUGAAAAAGAGAACUAUUGAGAGGAGGAAAUAUGUACUCCAAUCCACCAAGCCCCAAACCCUAGCAUACGGACUAGUCAAUUUACUAGUUGCGCUUCUAGGCUGGAUAUACGAGAAACUACACGAUUGGUCUGAUGAGUAUCCAUGGACAAAUGACGAAAUUCUAACCUGGGACCAGGAGCUCCUCAGAGAAUCUACUAUGAAACCACCCAUGCACACGCCAGAGGAUAAGGAAUGUACGGUUGGAAAAUUACAGCAAUGGACAGCAGAUGUGAAAUUGGGUCUGGCAUACAAUCCAAAGGAUUUGGAAAAUGUUCCAAAGCUAUGGGGAAGGACGCUUGGAAAUGUGGGCUGUGAAUCUCACCGAUUUGAUAGACAUUUCUACUCUCAUGAGAAACCGGAUCUCUUGGUGCGGGACUUGAGAGCUAUGUUUGGAAAAGGAGGAGGAGCUUUUAGUAUGGUAAAUGGAAGGGAUGGAUAUUGA